AUGCAACUUGGGACAAAUAUUAAAUAUAUUUCUGACAUAACAUUUAAAGAGAAGGCAGACUCACUUAAAGAUCCCAAGAAUGACAAUCAAGAUACAGAGGAAGCUCAGCAAGACCUACCUACACAAAAAACUGUCGAUUCAGAAUUGGAAAAUAAGGAAACAACUAAAGAAAAUGUUCAACUUUCAGAAAACACUGAAGAAAAAGAACUUGACAAAAAUAUUAGUGAAGCCGAAACUUUUGAUGAAGAAGAGGAAUCCGAACCGGAACUUGACCCUAAAAAUAGCAUUCCUCCACCGAUAAACAAUGAGACUAAUACGGAAAUGCAGCUACAAGUCAACAGUGAAACAACUCAGGAAAUCCAGCCACAACUGGAGGGGGAAAAUAUUCAGGACAUGCAGCCACAAGUCAACAGUAAAACUAUACAGGAAAUGGAACCACAACUAGAGGAGGAAAAUAUUCAAAACAUACAACCACAAGUGAACAGUGCAAGUACUCAAGGAGAAGAAAAACAAACAAAAGAAAACAUAAAUGUCGAAAAUGAUGAAAUAUCAAAUAUGAUUGGAAACGAAAUUUCAAAAAAUGAGAUUUUAGAGACAACUGUAUGUGAGGAUUCGAAAGAAGUUGAAAGUAAAGAGCAGAGUGAUGAAAAUAAGAUUUUGAUUGAAGAAACUACAAAAAAAUAA